AUGCCACAAUCAGCUCCAACACCUUCGCUCCUCCUAACCAAACGUCUAACCGCUUUCCUUAACUCCAACCUAAGCCCGCAAAUCCACACAGCUGUCCUAACUACCCUCUCCGGCAAGCUCCUCGCCCACGCCUCGCCUCACUCUGUCGGUACCCUGCGCACACAAUGCACUGUCGCCGCCUCCAUAUGGGCACAGUACUCGUCCCCCGCGGCCAGCGCCCACAUCGCUGCCGCCGUCCCGCAACCGCAGCGACGAACAUCUCAAUCCGAACCCACACCUAGCGCCGUGACAAUCCAGCUUAGCGGUGGUAUAAUGGUAGUGAGGCGUCUACGGUGCGGCUUGUUAUUCGUGUGUGUGGGGCCAACGGCCGCGACCGAAGGGACCGAAAGAAUUGACCACAGUAGCCACGCGCAGGGACGACCCGUGCCGCCGCCCCAACAACAAACAACGGGGGAGCUGCAUCCAACAACACCGUUAGGCUCACCCUCGGAGGUAGAAAGUGUGGUCAGCACAGGGGCGGCCACAACGGCGAGCAUGGCAACGACGGCGAGCGCUGCGGCUUCGGCUGCGGUGGUUAUGCGGCGGCAGGCAGAGGAAUUAGCACGUUGGCUGGAUGACAAGUUGGGUUCGCUAAGCGUGCUCGAGGAAGGAUUAGGGUCUGAGAUACGAUAA